AUGGCGACGAUCGAGUCGUCGCCGGCUGCCGACAACGACGACGACGAGGAUAUUGCCUGCACGACGCGGACGCUGCUACAGGCGCUCUGCACCGUAGCGACCACGCGCCACACUGCCACCGCGCACAACGGCAAGGCCGUGCUUCAAGCGCAGCUCGACGCCAUUGAGCUGCCAUUGACGCCACGACCCCACGCGACGUCCCCGAUGCGUCCAAGCACAAGCCCGUCCACUGCGUUGUUGGUCGUCGACUCACCGAAUUCACCUAUCACGCCGCCAGCGCAAACGCCGUACUUGAAGGAGCGCAAGGCGUCACUCGUCCACAUUCAGCUGCGUCAACUAGGGUCGCCCUCCAAACCGUUUCGGCCCGACAAGUUGCUGACGACCGGGGAGCCGCGGCUGCCGUCGUCUCGAGCGCUCCUCUCGCGCGAGCUCACGUCCGCCCAUAAGCAACGACAACUCCUCGAGCUACAAGAAAAAUCAACUCAACACGACAUGACGCAGGAGGUAGUGCACGAGUCGCUGCACCACCUCUCGUCCCGGACCAACGACCAAGACAUGUCGCUGCACAUGCGUGGUCGACGGCAGUCGGUGCACCGCCUGCGCUUUAGCAUCGCCAAGGUCGAGGAGCUCCAGCUUGCGUCGCGAACGUCGCCGCCACGGCCACCGAGCUCGACCUCGGACGUGCAAUCUGCCGACGAAGACUCACUGGGCGACUCGCUGUACAACACGGUUCGCGUUGCCCAGCAAGCGCGCCAGCUCCACAAACUGUCAAUCGCAGUCAAGCGCCGGACCGCGACCGCCGAGCGAGAGCUCGACAGCCAGAAAGCGCCGGUGGACGUUGUGCCCAAAAGUAUUGUACAAACGUACGCCCAAGUGGCCGCGUCCUUGCACCCCGGCGCGCCCCCCACAGCUCUCAAGAAGAUCUCGGGGCAAGCCGUGCUCUCGAAAGGCGAAUUCAUCAAGAUGCUGUGCUUGACGCUCGGCUUUGAUAGUCAGGAGUGGGCCGCCAAGUGCUACCCCGCGGCGUGUCAGCACCACGGCAAGAGUCCAGAGCGGUCCGUGACCUUGGGUGAUUUUGCACAGCUGUGCCACAUGCUCGUGCAUGGCACGGACCUUGACAAAAUGAAGUGGGUCUUUUCCAUUUACGACCGCGAUGGUGGCGGGUCGAUCGAAGUCGAGGAAGUGUUUCAGACGCUGCAGUCGGACAAAGAAGACCUCUGGGACCAAAUUUUAUUUAGCCAGCAGCUUCUUGGGGUCGUCGACCGCAACCACGACGGGCACAUGGAGUUCCAGGAAUUUUGCAGUGCGUGCAGUCGGAUCCCCAUGUUCUUUCACUGUUUUGCCGGCGCCCUUCCCCUUCGCCUCGCCGUGCACCCGAAGAACGUCAAACUCAAACUAGGGCUGCGCACGUUGCGCAAGCUAUGGAGCUCGGGCUUGCAAGCCAGCGCGCCGCGUUCGGAUGCGAAAGCCCCCAGCGCCAUUGAUGUCUACGGCUUUACCGCCAUCAUUUCUUAUUUCUUCCGCCUCGCGCGGUCGCACCCGGUGGACCACGCGCUGGCAAUGCGUCUCUUUCUCGCGUUCGAUGCGAACCACGACCAAUUUGUGGAUUUUGACGAAUUCAUUCAGGGCCUCUCGACGCUCAUGCAAGGUGCGCCAGAUGCACGUGCGCGCAUGGUGCACUGGGUGCUGGAUCUCGAUGGCGGCGGCACGGUCACCAAGCAAGAGGUGCACAAAACGCUCGUGUCGCGGAAACGCGGGCUCCAACUGCACGAGGUCAAGGGGCUCGAACUCGAAAACAACGUGAAUGAAAUCAUGCGCGCCCUCGAUGAGAACGGCGAUGGCGACAUUACUGUCGAAGAGUUUCAACGCGCCGUCCACAAGUCCCCGCGCAUGCUCGAGGCGCUUCAGGACAUUCUUUUUAGCGGCUGCCGUCUCGACGCCGAGUUUCAAGCUGCCGAGUGGAAAGCGCACUGCGAAGCGGCGUUGAUUCCGCCACUCGUGGCCGCCCACCCCGCGCGCGUGCUCCGUACAUUUCGAAAAGUGCUUCAGAAAGCCGUCUAUAAAGUCGCAAGUGUCAAUGCGUGGCGCAUCGUCCCGCGAGCGAAAAGCAAUUCGAUCCUGCGCACCAAUAGUAAUAAUGCACCGAGUGGCCCGAGUCUCGACGCCCUUCAAAAUCCUCCCAAACGAAAAAGCCGGAUCGCCCCCCGAUAAACCUCGAGCAAUAGCAUAUCUCUUCAAAACUCG